AUGCCACACCAACCACCCGUGGAAACGGCGGUUUCGGCGCCUGGAAAGGUGCUCCUAACCGGAGGAUAUUUGGUGUUGGACCGCAAAUAUACUGGCACUGUGCUGGCGCUCGAUGCGAGGAUCCACGUUAUUGUGCAACAGCUCCCAAUGGGCAAGGGAGCAAGAAUGGCCCCGAAAGCCAACGUGGGGGAAUCAGCAAGGACAGGGUCGAAUGGUGGUGCGGACGGGGAUUCGUCCAUGGAUGGCAUGGAAGGAGACACAUGCCAUGCGAAAGACUACGAAGACGGGCUAGAAGAAGUCGUGAUUGUGAAGUCGCCGCAGUUUAUCGACGCUGUAUGGGAGUACCGGAUUCAGAGGAUAACCCAAGGCGGAGGAGUCAAGGUUCAGCAAGUUAAUGACGAGCCCCGGAACGUUUUCGUGGAAACCUCCUUGAAUUACGCCCUGACAUAUGUGAGCUACGUUGCUGCAUCGAAGAACUUUGGUUCGUUAUCGAUUACCAUCCUGGCGGAUAACGAUUACUACUCUGAAACGGCGGCAUUAUCCGUCCUACAUAGGGGGGCCCGCUUCAUGAAUGCUGGAGUGAAAUUACAAGAAGCACACAAAACCGGCCUAGGAUCCUCUGCUGCUCUCGUUACGGCUUUGGUAUCUGCUAUUGUCAUUCACCGUACUGUACAGCCCGAAGAAUUGCCUUCAGUCCGGGACAAACUGCAUAACCUAGCCCAAGCUGCGCAUUGCGCUGCACAAGGGAAAAUAGGCUCUGGGUUCGACGUCGCGGCCGCUGUGUAUGGGUCAUGUCUUUAUCGCCGCUUUUCCCCAUCCAUCCUCAGUGAUUUGGGUGAUGUCGGCUCCCCGCAGUUUGAAGAGCGGCUAUUUACGGUUGUUGAGGAUCUCAAUACUGAAAAGCCCUGGGACACAGAAUGCGUAGACUUUGGCUUCAAGCUUCCCCGAGGUCUUCAGAUGGUUCUUUGCGAUGUUGAUUGCGGUUCACAGACGCCCGGUAUGGUGAAGAAAGUCCUGCAAUGGCGGGAGCAGAAUCGCGUAGACGCAGAGAUGCUCUGGACCGGCCUACAGCGGAACAAUGAAAAGCUGCGUUUGGAGCUCAAACGACUGGGACAAAAUCGUAAUGUAGUUCAAAACUACGAUGAGCUCAGCAAUUUGAUCACACGCACCCGAAUGUGGAUCAAGACCAUGACGAACAAAUGCGGUGUUCCCAUUGAGCCUGAGGUCCAAACAGAGUUGCUGAAUGCGCUCUCGCAGAUCAACGGUGUUAUCGGCGGUGUCGUGCCGGGUGCAGGCGGCUAUGAUGCGAUCGUUUUGUUAGUCAAAGACGACCCGAUUGUUAUGAACGCCAUUCACGAACUCGUGGAUGGCUGGAAGAGCUCAGUGGAAGACGACUUUGGUGGUCAAAUUGGCAAGGUGAGAUUACUCGGCGUGGGAUAUGGAUCCGAUGGCGUGAAGAAUGAACUUGGGGUCCGGUAUAGCGGGUGGAUAUGA